AUGGGCAAAAAAAAAACUUUUAUUUAUCCUUCCUUCUUACGCCAUUUCAAAUAUGAUAACCUAAGGGCAUGUUUAAUUUUAUGGUAUAGUAGUAAUUUACAAAAUAUUCAAGGAGACAACGUAGAUAACGUGAAUAAAUCAUGGUUACGAUAUUCUAAUUUAUCUUUUAGAGGUUUUACGCAAACUGAACAAUUAAAUGAUAUAUGGUUCUCACCUCUUUUUAUUGAAUUUUUUAAAGUUUUUUUGAAUUGUGGUGCAAGAAUCGAAUGUCUUGACCUUCAUUCUGAACAAAUAGAUCCACCUUUCGAUCAUAGAGUUUUGUUUGAAUUAACUGGAAUUGAAAAUUUUUUAGCGAAUAUUAAAGAAUUUUCUCCCGCAACCAUGGAAAAAUUUACAUCAAACAAUUAUUAUUCUAAAAUAUGUCGAAAUCUCAAAUCAUUAAAAAUUGCAUCAUUUUGCGUUGGAGAAUCCACAAUAUCAGAAUUAAUUAAAACACAGGUUGCGCUUGAACAUAUUUAUCUAGGAAAUAAUCCUUAUUCUAUACCACAUCCUUAUGUAGUUUCUGGAUCAAGUAAAGUGCUUUUAUCGUUGUUAACACAAGCGAGUUCCCUUAAAUCUAUUGAAAUUAGAAAUUCCUUUAUUGAUAGAAUUCCUUCAUAUGAUUCAAAACAAAUAACUUGGGAUAAUUUAAAAUCCUUGACAAUAUACUACGAUACUCAACUUAAUUUAAAGAAAAUGCCAUUUGGCACAAAAUAUUUUCCAAAGCUACAAAAAUUAUAUAUAAAUCAGAAUUCACUCCCUGUUGAUUUGAUUGAUUUUAUUCAAAAUACUAAUUCUUUAAAGGAGAUUCAUUUAAUAGUAGGAAUUCGGCAAAACAUUUCAAAUGUUAUUCAAAAUAUUUCUUAUUUCUGUACGAAUCUUGUUUCAUUUGAAUCCACUGUUAACUUUGAAGCCAUUCCUGCUUUAUUUUCUUUACUUCAAUCUUGUAAAAAUCUUAAUCAUCUUUCAAUUUCAAAUUCCUUCAUUCCAUAUACUGAAGAUGACUAUAGAAUGCUCGCUGCACUUUUGCCUUCUAAUUUACGUAGCUUUACUUUAAUUACUAAAAAUAAUAGUGAUAUCUCAGAUAAAUCUUUUGUAGCAUAUCAACCACGUGGACUAGGUUCUGAUUAUGCGGAUCCAUUGGCACAACCUGAUGCUUGCAAACGUGACAUUAAAUUAAUAAAAGAAUUGGGUUUUAAUGUUAUUCGUGUUUAUGAGGUUGAUAAUGAUAAAAAUCACGAUUCAUGCAUGAAUUAUUUUGCCGAAGCUGGUAUAUAUCUAAUCCUCGAUCUAGCUACUUUAAAAUCUAAUAUAAUCCGUGAUAAUCCACAAUGGACCUUAUCACUAUUUCAAAAUUAUAUUGCCACCGUCAAUGCGUUCAUUAAGUAUCCCAACACAUUGGCAUUUUUUGCUGGCAAUGAAGUCACGAAUAAUAAAUCUAAUACUGAAGCAAGUUCGUUUGUUAAGGCUGCGAUACGUGACAUUAAAGAGUACAUUAGGGUAAAUGCGAAAGAGAAUAAAGGACGUAUUAUACCAGUAGGAUAUUCUAGUAAUGAUGAUAAAGAUGUUAGAAUUCAAUUGAAGGAAUUCUUUAAUUGUGGAAACAAGAGUGAGCAGGCGGAUUUUUACGGUGUAAAUUUGUACGAAUGGUGCGGUGAUAGCUCAUUUGAAACGUCUGGAUACGCCGACCGAACUGAUGAAUUCUCUACUUAUAACAUUCCAGUAAUCCUUUCCGAGUACGGUUGUAAUACAGUUAUUCCGCGUAAAUUCACUGAAGUUUUAACAAUCUAUAGUCCACGGAUGACUUCGGUCUGGUCAGGUGGUAUAGUCUAUGAAUGGUCUCAAGAAAUUAAUUCAUACGGUCUUGUAGAAAUCGAUAAGGACGGCAAUGUUAAAAAAUUGAUUGAUUUUAUGAACCUUAAAUUACAAUUUUCUAAAAUAACUGUCCCACCAAGUAACGCAUUAUUAAUGGACUCUUAUACACCAACAAAUGUUGAGUCUUCUAAAUGCCCUCCUCAGUCUGAAAUUUGGAAAGCAAAUACGAAACUACCACCAACUCCUAUAAAAAAUGUUUGUGAAUGUAUGGUCUCUUCGCUUUCUUGUGUUGCUUCUUCAAAAGUU